AUGUCGGACAAGCAGGACGUUGCCCAAAUGGAGAGUGGUGCCGGUCGUGUUGGCAAGAAAAAGGCUCUGAAGAACCAUUGCAAGCGCUUCUGGUGGCUGCACUUGAUCGUCUUUCUAGUCGUAUCUGCCGCCGUCAUCUGCAUUGUCAUCUUCGUUGGCGUCAAAAAGAUUGCCCAGGCCAAGAUCAAUGACGCUGAACUGGAAAUCCAGGGUGUCAACAUUCUCAACGCGGAACCAAACAAGUUCCUGAUGCAGAUCAACUCCACCAUCAGAACCGACGGCACUGUCAAGGCCGACAUUGACCCUUUUGUCGGCAACCUCACCCUUCACGAUAUCCCCGACGCUCGGCCAUUCAUCCAACUAAGCUUCCCUGCCACCAACGCCGACAAGUUCCAGACUGUCAACAUCAGCCAAGAAGUCACCAUUACCGAUGAGGCAGCCUUUGCCGAGUUCAACAAGUACUUCUUCCAAAAUGAGACGCUGCGUGUUUCCAUUUCCGGCAAGACCAAGGUUCAGCCUGCUGGUCUUUCCAAAAAGUACGACGUGGACUUUUACAAAGUGAUUACUUUCAACGCCUUGAACAAGCUCAACGACACCUCCCUAAGCGACAUGAAGAUCAAGAUUGGCGUCGCAUCUGACGGCAUCCCCAACUUCAACGCCACUGCCACAAUCAUGAACCCCUCGUACUAUACCCUUGACAUUGGUAAUGCUACCUUCAACAACUACGCCGACGACCAGCUUAUCGGCAAUCUUACCAUCCAGAACCUUGUCCUCAGCCCCGGCAAGAAUGUCAUUCCCGUUUCCGCUAUCCUUGAUCAGACCGUUGUCAUUGUCGCCGCUACCAAGAAACCCUACUGCGAGAAUCACAAACUGCCCGUUCAGCUGCUAGGUACCCAGGUGAAGCAGGGGUCUGAGACCAUUCCUUGGCUCUUGUCAGCACUCAGCAGUGCGAACCAGACCCUCAAUCUCAACCUCGACGAGACAUUCAAGGCUACUGGAAUCAACUUCCCGGGCUGCACUUGA